ACAACAGUAACAGUAACAGUAACAGAGCCGAGCCGAGCAGAGCAGAGCAGCAGCCGACUGCGACGUGAGCGUCAUUGGUGCCCUUCGCACGCCUCUGUGGAUACUAGCAAUUUAUUACAAACGAAAACUGCCACAAUAAUUCGAUCCAACGAUUUUAUUUCGAUAAAAAUUCGAAGAAGUUUACAGAUACAACAGAUUAAUUACCAAGAAGAAUAUAAGUUACCAAGAAGCAAAAGAGUUACUAAGCAGCUGAACUUUGAAGCUACUUUGAGGUAACUAAGGAAGAAAACACCAGGAAGGUUUUCCAUCAAGCACAUCAAGCACAAGCAAACAGCAAAACAACAACAACAACAACAACAACAACAACAACAAUGAUAACGAGGCUAUACCACACCGAGGAGGAUCCCGCCUACUGCUCAUUUAUCUGGGGGUCCAAUCUCAGCAGCACCACAGAUGUUCUGGACGGAGCUGCCAAUGCCACGCCCGUCUUUGGCACCGACUUGCGGGAUGACAUCUAUCGGGAUGUGGAGGAUCCGCGCACGCAAACCCUCCGCGAGUACUGCUACGGGAUUCUGCUGCCCAUUAUCUGUGCCAUGGGCAUCAUUGGCAAUGUUCUCAAUCUAAUUGUGCUCACCCGUCGCAACAUGCGCGGCACCGCCUACAUCUAUAUGCGGGCAUACUCGGCCGCAGCACUUCUGGCGAUUCUCUUUGCUAUACCCUUCGGCAUCCGUAUGCAGGUCCACAAGGAUCGGGGCCAGUGGGAGGAGUUCGGCCCCGCCUUUUACACGGCUCACCUGGAACUUUACUUGGGCAACGGGUGCUUGGGUGUGGGCGUGAUGAUGCUUCUCGUGCUGACACUCGAGCGAUAUGUCUCGGUAUGCCAUCCCGGAGUCACGCGCCCCGUCAUGGGGCGGCCUGGAUUGGUAGUAUUUCUCACCUCCUUGGUUACCAUCAUCGUCUACCUGCCGAGCAUCUUUCGGGGCGAGCUGAUCAAGUGCAUUCUCUCCUCGCCCGAUGUCUAUGUUUAUUUACGACGCGAUAACACCAUCUACCAGCAAACCAUGUUCUACAAGGUGUACAAGAUCAUGCUGGAGAUGGUCUUCAAGCUGAUUCCGACCAUGGUGAUUGGUGGACUGAACCUGCAGAUAAUGAUUGUAUACCGACAGACAUGCGAACGCCGCCGCCAAAUGGUUUUGACCCGGGCCAACUCGAACUUCCACAAGGACGAUGACCCGAGGAAGUUUGCGGAGGAGCGCCGCUUAUUUCUUCUUCUGGGUAGCACAUCGAUCCUGUUCCUGGUCUGCGUUUCGCCGAUGGCCAUACUCCACAUGACCAUCGCCUCGGAGGUGUAUCCGAGCUUCCCGUUUCAGGUGUUCCGUGCCAGUGCCAAUCUCAUGGAGCUGAUCAACUACUCGCUGACCUUCUACAUCUACUGCCUCUUCAGCGAGGACUUCCGCAACACACUCUUCCGCACGUUCAAGUGGCCCUGGCUGAAGGGACAGUUCUGCCACCAGGUGGACCUGGAGGUGAGUGCUAGCCCCCCGGCGACGGCGGCCACAGCUGCUGCUGCUGCUGCUGCUGCUGCUGCUCCAGCCCAAGCAGGCAACAGUUCUAAUCCUACUACUACUGUCACUAUACCUAUACCUAUACCCAAACGCAUGCAACGAUUGCCACCACCACCAAAUCCGACUCGCCACCCACAUCACUCAGCCCGUCCAGACCGAAAGGGGCAUGCCCAUGGUGCACUUCGCUAAGGUGACCAAGCAUCCCCAUUUCAACCGCAAUAAAACAGAAACCACCACAUCGAGCAUUGAUCUGGGACGCUCCACCAGCA